UGAAAACGCUUGAAGUAUCAUAGCAACGCAACUUAGCUGUUUAAUUUUAAUUUCUCAGACAUCACAGACAACUGUGGUCUUUCUAUAUACGUUUUCAUAUCUUUGUUGUUAAUAAUGAAUGAAGCAGUCAUGGUUUUAUUCACUUCCAAGAACUUAUUUUCAGGAAAAAUCAAGUAUGGUUGAAGACGUCCAAUAUGGCCGGCCUUGCACCAUUUGGACGAGAUGACCAGCCUUUAUUUGAUGUGAAAAUUGUUGGUGGAAAACGAGUGGAAGUCGAAGUUGAUAAAUACGGAAACCCCUUGAAGCAGGAAAGGAGCACUCAUCUGCCAGGAACACAACAGAAAGUGAGUCCUACAGCUUUGUCAAGUGCAAGUUCCGCCAAAUCGUCAAGGGCAUCUGUUCCCCCUUGGGUAAACAGAGGCGACACACCUCCGAGGAAACUAUUGAAAUCACUGGAAAGUUCUGAUGAUGGGAGUCACAACUCCGCACGAGGUCUGCACCGAUUUUCUUCGCCAAGUUCGCAGGCUGUUUUACCGCCGAUAAAAAAGUCUUCAUACUCUAGUGUAGAUCAUGAAAGCAAGACUAAAUCUUUGACUUCAAAAUUGAAUUCAGUCUUGUUAGGAUUUGACACUUUGAGACUGAAAGAUGCCUAUCUUAGCUUCGCAGGCUUUGACUCGACUUUGUCGGGUUUUGUUUCUGCUGAGCAGAUUGAGAGGGAAUUCUUCAGACUACAAAUACCAGUGAGAGGAGAGCUUUUGAAUGAAUUAUUAGCGUUAUUCAUGUCAGCUCAUAGACCAAACUGGAUUAAUUAUGAACAGCUUUUGAAUUUUUUAAAUAAUGCUGUUCAGCCAGCUGCAACAAGAGAGUUUCAUGUCCCUAAGCUGGAUUUAACAUCAAACCCAGGUGACAGACUGCAAGAGAAAAUAUCAGCUAAAUCUCCCAGAGAAACCAACUUGCCAUUAAAACCAAACCAAGUAUCGCCAAGAGCUGAUGAAUCACAAAAAGGUCGUCAGAGUGCAAUAGCUGUAAGAAAAGCUUUUCAAGAUAAGCAAGAUACUGCAAUCUUGCUACAAAUGGAAGAAAUGCUUAAGGAGGUUGAGAAUGCCCAAGAACAAAUUCAUACUUUAAGAAGAGCUUUAGAAGAACAGGAUGUGACAAGAGUAGAGGUCAUAUCCACUCAGAAGUUGAAGACUAUUUGUUUGCAUCAUCGCAUUCCUUUUCACAACUCUUUGUUGGAUAAAAUAAUUGACAGACUUGACAGAUAUAACUCUGGAAGAGUCAGUUGGUUUGAAUUCAUCUCCUUCAUUGAGCGGGCACUGCCUCUUCCCUCACCAAGCAUUGCCUCAAGUCCAAGCCAAAGUAGAAAUAGUCGCUGUGGUCUAGAGACCCCCCCUACUAGGCCAGUGUGGGAAACAAGACAGCCCCUUAAAGGAGUCCAUAGAGGGAGACAGCAUGGGCUGCAAGGUGAUAUGCUUGGGGAGCAACACAGAAGUUUAGAAGAGGGAAGUGUCAUUGGUAAUCAACAAUGGCAGGAUCCAUAUCAACAUCACAGCAAAGCUCCAAUGCAGCAGAUAUCAGAUGGGAGUGGUGGGGAUAAUUUUGACAUGUCACUUUAUGCAGAAGAUGAAAGAAAACAACUUGAAGACAGACGAGAGGACUUGUUAAGGAAACAGCACGAAUUAAUUGAACAAAAACGGCAAAUUCAGAGAGAACAGGAAGAGCUUAAUCAAUUUAUUCAACAACAGAAGGAGAAGCUGUAUGAUGGAGAUGGUGAUUACGACCCUCCGCAUUAUGUGGAGAAGGAAAGUAGGGUUGAAAGAUUCAUGAAACUGGCAAAUGCUCUUUAUGUCUGUGACCAGGAUCAGUCAGGUCUCAUAGAGGCAGACAUGGCUCGUCGCUUACUGAAUAACUACAACCUUGUUAAUCAACUGGACUUUUCUGCACAGCUGAUUGAAAACACGAUUAAAAGUUGUUCAACCACAGAUGACAAAGUUAGUGUGGAUGAUUUGAUAGAUGAACUUAAAGGCCAUCUUUGAAAGAGUUGCAUGCUGGAAAAUGGUGUUCACUUGUGAGGUGUGCGGUGGGAUGAAUGUGUUGGUCAAAAGGAGUAUUGCAAAAUGAACAAGAUAAAGGGGUACUCCUUUACUGUUUGUGCAAGUUUUUCCAAGUUCCAGAUCCAAAUGUUCAUUCCAGUUACUUUGUUUUUGAACAUUUUAUAAUAAUUAUCUUUUUUUAUUUCUUUUUCUUGCAUAAUGUAUCUCUUUGUGUAUAGCAUUGUUCUUAAGUUAAAUGAUUUUCCUGUCACAAGAAAAGUAACAUUGAUGUUGCCCAAAAGCAGAGGUUUAAACAGAAUGCCAGUUAAAAAAACUUGUCAAUAUAAAGAGAAGAUUGUUUUCAAAAUAGCUGGUCAUGUUGUCAAGAGAACUCCUUUAAGGUCUUCUUCAUACCUUCCAAAGGGCCCAUAUGCCCAACGUUAAGUUGUACUUUUAAGGUUUUUUAUUUUAUAUUCAUAUCCCCCUGACCUUGUAAAUUUAACUUGCAUGACAGGAUUUUAAGUAGUCAAUGUAUUCAUUGUAAAUAAUGUUAUUGUUGUAAGUCCAUUUAGACAGGUAUAUUUAUAUAGUUACAAUUAUCCCUAGCGUGCUUGAACAAGCCUAAAAGAAUGCGUGGUCUGUAGGCUGAACAUUUAGAGAUAGCUAAAUGGGCUAUGGAAGUAAAACAAAAUCCAAACGUCCUUCAAACUGUUCAAAAUUAAAUUUGUUUAUGGGAUGCCUUUCUUUGAAAGCUAUUGCGUAGGCAAUAUUUGAAAAGUUUUGAUGAUCUAACAAGCAAUCAAAAAACCGUUAUGAAUGUUUAAUUUCAUUGUAAAGAUGUGACAUCUAUCUUCUGCUUGUUACCUAACUAAAGUUACUGCCAUUACCCCCCAGAGUCAACACGGUCAGGGGCUCAUUUCCCGGAGCUUCCAUCUUCCAUACUGACCCUCUGAGUCAACCCUGUCCCGUAUCUUUCUAUUUUUGGAAGCACCUUCCACGGCGGUUUUCGCGGGUGUUUUUAUAAUAGCCAAUGAUAGCCAAUGAUUUUUAUAAUAGCCAAUAAUAGUGUUUUUAUAAUAUUCAAUCAUAAGAGAGCUGUCGUCUCUAUUGUGUUACGUCUCUAUUGUGUCACUUGCAGGCCACACGAAAUUA